AGAAACAUGAUCAAGUACACGGGGAGCCCCGACAGCCUGCGCUCGCGCACGCCCAUGAUCACGCCCGACCUGGAGAGCGGGGUCAAGGUGUGGCACCUGGUAAAGAACCACGAACACGGAGACCAGAAGGAGGGAGACCGCGGCUCCAAAAUGGUCUCUGAGAUAUACCUGACCAGGCUGCUGGCCACUAAGGGCACUUUACAGAAGUUUGUGGACGACCUGUUUGAGACCAUCUUCAGCACGGCCCACCGAGGCAGCGCCCUGCCCCUGGCCAUCAAGUACAUGUUUGACUUCCUGGAUGAGCAGGCUGACAAGCACAGCAUCCAUGACCCGCAUGUCAGACACACAUGGAAGAGCAACUGCCUACCUCUGAGGUUCUGGGUGAACGUGAUCAAGAACCCCCAGUUUGUGUUCGACAUCCACAAGAGCAGCAUCACGGACGCCUGUCUGUCUGUGGUGGCCCAGACCUUCAUGGACUCAUGCUCUACCUCAGAACACCGCCUGGGCAAGGACUCCCCCUCCAACAAACUGCUCUAUGCCAAGGACAUCCCCAGUUACAAGAGCUGGGUGGAGAGGUACUACUCAGACAUCAGUAAGAUGCCGGCCAUCAGUGACCAGGACAUGAAUGCGUACCUGGCAGAGCAGUCCCGGAUGCACAUUAACGAGUUCAACAGCAUGAGCUCCCUCAGUGAGAUCUACUCCUACGUGGGCAAAUACACAGAGGAGAUUGUUUGUGCGCUGGAGCAGGACGACGCCGCCAGGAAACAGAGACUUUCCUUCAAGCUGGAGCAGGUGGUGGCCUUCAUGAGCCUGGAGAGCUGAGGACCGCACUUCCCAGGGCGCACUGGGAGACCCGUCAGAAACCGAGCCGUGCCUGAGCAAAGACCUGUCCAUCUAUCUCUUCACCAUCGUCAUCAGCAUCAGAACUCCUCUCCGUUUCAAAGAUAACACAUAUUGUCCUGUUUUCUUCCUCCUCUUCCUCUUCCUCCUCUUCCUGACAAGUGUUUGGCAUCUCAUCCACUCAGCUUCAUAGGACGUGCAGAGAAGACUGGCUGACGGACUGACUGGAGGGUCGGCAGAGCUGGGGACUGCUUUUCCCACCAUGCAAUGGGAGGGCCUCAUCCCAGCUUUGCUGCGUAGAAGAGUCUGAUGGAGGGGUGGUUGUUUGCCAGCUCGCCGUAUCGGCAUCAUUUACACCGCAAUGUUGGGGGAGAAACAAACAUUCUAUUUAUGUUGCCUUUAAAAAUAACACUGAUGACUAAGUCUUUUGCCACCACAAUGUUGGGAGUCAAUUUGUUCAGACUUUCUGAACAGGAUAUUAGUCUAUGAAACUGCUACAGAGUCCAGUUAAUUGUAGUGCUAUAGUCAACAUCACAUCAAACGUGGAAAAACAAAGUGGUAUUAUAUAAAUGAGGAAACCAAACUGACCACCUCGGAAGACAAAAAAACGGAAGGUUUGCCUGGUUCACACUUCUUAAGAUUGGGAAAUAGGCAAACUACAGAAUUGUUUUCUCAAUGUAGCUUUGGGGUGUAUUUGAAGAAACUCCGAUAGGGGCUGGGGAGAGUUAGUGCUUCUUGAAUUUCCCUUUUUUUCCAAAAACCUGACUGACUUUGAAAUCCAGAGAAGGACAGAUUCCCCUUUGUGGCAUUGGCACGAGUCUGCUCCCACCCACCCACCCCUCCAAGUACCUCUAUAGAUAAAACAAUCCUCAUCUUCUGAAUCUCUGGCUUGUGUGGUACCUGCUCAAUUAUCCUGACUAUUAUAAGACUAAUUAGUGGAGGACAGACCCAGGUCUGUCUGGUCCUCCUCUGUGACGAGAAGCACACAUCCAACUCUUGACCACAGUGACCCGACAGCUCUGACACCUGGAACGGUCAGUCUGUCCCGUGUGUGCUGCUAACAGAUGGAGGUCACUCGCCGGUCUAUCAAAGCACACACACAAACAGGUACACACGGCAGCUGUCCAAGACCUGUUCUGAGGGGAACUCUACUCCUGAUUCACCCUCUGAUCACACUGUCUGAAUACUAGGGGAGCUGACUGACAUCUACUGAGAGGAGGAGAGGGACGCUUCACUAGAGCAGUCUUACCAUGGACCCAUGCUUUCUACAUGACAGAGACGGUGCGGUACUGCUUAAAUGGGAUCUGCUCUCCUGAGAGAGAGAGAGAGAGAGAGAGAGAGAGAGACCUUCUGUAAAGACUUGGGACGGGGGUAAUCAAUUGAUGGACAUAACUGGUCAGCCGAAAAACCAAAGGAGCUUGACAUUUUAAAAAGACAAAAACAGUUAUUUAAAAACAUGUAUUUAAAGGAAAUGACACGGGAAAAGGAUUUGGUGAAAGAAAAACCCACCCCACAACAACAACUUAACCCUGUGUGAUUUUCUGACCUCAGUGUGCCGAAGGGGGAGCCGCGGACGAGUCCCGCCCUCCUCCUCGCCGUCCCGGUUUCUUCCGUGUUUGGCACACCGCUUUUCUUCCCUCUUUGUCCGGUUUUCCACGUCAGUUUUUUUGCACAAGUGUGGAGACAGCUUCCAUGCGGGAAUCUCUGAGCGCUCUGGGUCGCUCAUGUUGUGUGUUAGUGUAGUCGUCCUCCGCAGCCUUCUCCAAGCCUCAAAAAACUGAAACUAGAGUGAGAAAAACAAGUCAACGUCAUAUAGACGCCCGGACACGGACAUCAACAGACUUGUGGAAUGUGAUAACCUGGAUGGGAGAGAGAGCUGGAGAAACCAUGGAGAAACCCUCCUUUCCUUUAGACCUCUGACCUUUCUUUUGCCUUGACAACGUGCCCCAUGUGGUGAUGUGAAUGUGUGGAGACCGUCCUCGGUCCACCUUCGGUCCUUAUUGGCUUUUUAAGCGCAUGUAAAACUUAACAUUUAAAACAAAAAAAGAGUAAAAUAGAGAAAACAAGCCUCUUGCAAAUGAUGAUGUGGAUGUGUUCUUUUCUUUAUUUUGCUUGGAAGAAAACAGUGAGGGAAAACAGUGUAUUGUUCAUGUUAAAACUAUAAGUAACUGUUAAGGUGGAACCUUUAUCUCCCGUUCAGCCCAUGCAAACCUCUCAUUACCAUGUCUUGUGAAAGUGUUAGACGCUAAUAGGAAUAAAGUGGUACCUUAAAAUCCAAUAUAUUAUAUACCCUUGCAUGCUGACCUAUUUGGAUGUUAUGAAACGGAACUGCCUUGCAAUCAAAUAUAUUUAUCUACUGCUACUAGGAAACGUUUUAAACGGUUCACAAACAAAACGGUUAUUUUGGAUUCUCAUGGACUGAUGUAGUACAAUAACUCAUGACUAAGUUUGAAUUCAUUCAGUCCUUUUGCUUAGUCCUUCCAGAGUAGAUCGUCCUCUAACGCCCAUCCAUAUACAUGUUCCAUUAGUUAGUGACUUCGUCAGUUCCAGAACCCUCAGGUUUUGGGUCUGGUAGACUAAUUUUGCAGUGAGCUUCUUGCUCUUUUCUUGGCUGCUAUCGCUUCUCUAGUGUCUGUCUGUGUUUUCAUCCGGAAACUAUCUCCCCUAGCCUAUAACCUUACCUUUUGGAUUCUAUUAUUUUAUCAUUCAAAAAAACAACAUUUAUUUUUGUAAGCCGCUGGCUGCAAAGCUACCUUGUCUUAUUGCAGCACCUGUUACUAUAGUUGUGGAUGUGUUUUUUACAUUCUGUUUUAACAGUUGUUUGAUCUGAAGAGCUCAGUGCAAAGGGAACUAGCAUUAGGAGGGCUUUCAGGGUUCAAUCAAAACGUUUGCUCAUACAAAACCCAUGUAUCGCACAACAUGCCUCAUUAUUGGAAUCCUUAUGGUCUUAUGGGGUGUACAAUACAUUCAAGUCAAUCACUUGUCUGGUAGUAUCUGCUGUCCUUCGAUUCUACUGCUACAUCUAAAGGUGUUCUGCACAAACUUACUGAAAAGAUACUGGUGGUUUUAACAAACAAAAAAACUCUCCUUUGGACAAUUUCAAACGAUUAAACGUCUCUUGAUGAACUCAUCAAAGAGAAACAGGUGUCUGGAAGCUUCUAUAACCACACUAGCUCUGACCCUGAAAGCUUCUGAUUUACUUAGUUGAUUGUGUUUUGUAAAGUGUGUUUUAUUUCCGUCACACCAUCGCUGUCUAAUGUAUGAACCACAUCUAAUUCAUCCACAACUGAACUGUCUAAAGGGGUGAGUUCUGUCAGUGGUUGGUAUUCAGGUUCGAGGGGGGUACAUUCAUGAACAGCGCGUUCUCUGGACGUUCUACAACAUGUUCAAACUGUUCACAAAGCUUGUGAUCAAAUAAACAAUAAGACAGAACUGAAAGGAAUCGACUGUAUUAAUUCAGUCUGAUGGAAAAUCCCAGGUAAAACAGUUGGGAUAUAAGACUGAACUUGGCAGGGACCUCAACGUUUAGGGGCCCUUGUUAGGUUUAGAGACUGUAAAUUGACCCACUAUUACCCAUGUAUUCUAUUCUCUAGCUACCCAACGCUUCCUCCUCUCUAAGUCCAUUGUUUUUAUUUGGUGAAGAGAAUGAAUGUCCUAGAAUCUCGUAGUGAAUCUGCCCCCUGGUGUUGUAACAUACGGUGUUUCCAUUUUCCCCCAUGUUCCCCGGCGACAAAGCACGUCUGAGACUACGGACCCCUUUGUUGCCGAGGGACUCGAUAAAGCUUCCACCUUCAACGUUUUGUAGGAACUAAAGAUAGGUCCUUCUAGAGCUCAGUGUUAUAGCAGGUGUUACAGAAACAGUAGGAAUACUUUUAACUAUUACCAUAUUUGCUGAGAGAUAAAGAGUAUCCUAUCAAGAGAUGAAACUAAACCUGGGGGAAAAGGCCAGCUUCUCUAACUUUGCUAUAAUUAAUUGUAUACCUGUGUAUGUAAAUAUAAUGCAUUCCUAUUUUGCAGUCAAGAACAAAAUACUAUUUGUAAUAUAGAAUAAACUUUAUUAUGAAACACA